UGGGAAAUUCUGAUUUGUGGAUAUUUCUAGGGUGAAAGUUGUGUCAUAUUGCUCCCAAUCGUACUCUUUAAAAUAGCUUUUUAUUCAACAAGCUGAAAUUGAUUGUAAAUAUCACAAUACAAAAGAGUUCAUGUAUAGUAAUAUAUAUAUAUAUGUUCAGCUCUAAUUUGCCUUUAUGAUAUCAGAACACAAUAAUUUAUCUAAAAAUACUGAGUCCAAGAGAGCUGGACUUUCUGUUUGUUCUUCCGUAGAGCUGUUAUUAUUAAUCCCUGUUAUUAUUAAUUAAAUGUGUUGAGCGGAUUGAAUCCUACUUGUUCACGUCACGUCACUCACAUUCGAUAUGAAUUACAGUGAAAUUUCGUAAUCAGACCAACCAUAAGCUGAGCAUGUCAUCCAAAGACUAGUUAUGUACUUUUAUGAAGAAAAGCUUUCCUUCAUGUCUUCUCAGAUGCUUUAUGCAAACUGCCAUUUGCCGACAUAUGAAUGAUGCCUCUCUUCUGGAUUGCGCUUUGGUCAAUGCUCCCUCUUCUGGCUCUCCUCUCUGGUCCAGAUCAUUGUACCUGCCAUGAGAGCACUUGCCUACAGAACAUGUCUCCAUUGCUGGAAUCCUUACAGUGCCACAACGACUACGAGUCCUACAUCCACUGCAAAUGGAGGAAACACAGAAACACACCUCUGUUUCUUUGGCUCAAGAUUGAAAACAAAAGGAAGUUGUGUGUGCCGUACACUCCACCAGUCCAAGAGAAGAACGAGAAUGUCCAGUGCAGAUAUAAAACAAAUGUAUUUUCCAUUGGCAUCAGUCACACCGUCUUCUUCGACAAGAAUGAGACGCUGUCCAACUGCUCAUCUGUCCCACGCAAGCCUCUGGAUGUUUCUCAGCACUUGAGAGCGCGUCCACCAGUGGACCUGUCCACACAUGAUGCAAGUGAUGGAGGCCAAAGGCUCAAUUGGUCCAGCCCCUACCCCUCCUCCUCUCCCCUGAACAAAAACCUCACCUACCAGCUCAGCUACAGAACAGACAGACAGGACUGGACUACUGAGGAUGUCACAAACACCAGUAUAAAACUAGAAAAGCACUUGUUGCUUCUGGGUCACAGGUAUGAAGCCAGGGUGAGGGCCCGGGCCAGCGUGGGCCAGUGGAGUGACUGGAGUCCUCUAGUGACCUGGGAAACUGAAGAAAACCCUUGGCAGGUUCCCAGUUUGCAGUGUGUGCUGGAUGGAGAGAAGGAGGUGAUGUGUAGCUGGGAGGUGAGCAGAGAGCUGGCUCACUUCAUUACCUACCAGCUGGCCAGUCGACAGAAGCAGACUGCGCCUACUAAGAGAUACUGCUCGAACCCAAUAGUCAGGUCUGACACCAGCGGGACGGUGCUGAGGUACAGCUGCUCACUGACUGUCACAGACCCUGCACAUCUGCUGCUGGAGCUCCUACCAAAACGCAAUGUCAAGACUUUUAAGGCCUACCAACACAUCCGUCCCAACCCACCGCAGCAGGUAACAGUGAAGGAGAAAGGCCGCGACUGGAUCGUGGCAUGGACUGCACCGAGCACAGCUUCAAAACUGACACUGUACUAUCAGGUCUGCUAUUACAGGACACAGGAGCAAGAACCUUGUACCCUGCUGAAUAUUUCAGAUGGGUCCGUGUCCUUUACCCUCCGGGGAGCCUCUCUGGCCCCGUCCAAGCGCUACCAGAUCAAAGUCAGGUCACUGGUCUUCCCGGGAGAAGGCUCCAGGUAUGAGGGAAUCCCGUCUGAAUGGAGUGAUCCUGUGGGCUGGAUUUCCCAUGCAGCCCCCUGGUCCCUCACCACCUUGAUAUAUGUUCUCAUCAGUGUGUUUGUGGCCACAGUGUUCUUCAUACUCUACUGCACCAUUCCAGCUUGUCAAAGGAAGAUAAUCCUGUGGGUGGACUCAGUCCCUUCUCCAGGAAAAAGCAAAAUCCUGUCUGAGUUUAAGUCCGCCACCGGUCGGACCUUCUUGCAGUGUGAGGACACUUCCAUCUGCAAAGUGCUAUACUUCGACACCGUAUCUACAUGCUCCUCAGAGGCUUUGCUGUGGUCAACCACGGACACUACCAAAAAACACUUGGAUCCGGACGACGGCUUCUGUAACAGCAAUAACUUUCUCACCCCUACUGAGAAAGUUAAAAGCUCUGAAACAUCCUCCAUGAGCUUAGGCGGGCCCUACAUCAUCUGUCAGACAUCAAAGUCUAACUGGAAGUCAGUGGAUGUCAAGAGUGAAGAGAAAGAGAAAGAAGAAAAAACCGUAUUAGAUGACUCUGGAUCCCCUGUGAAUUUUUCUGUGAAUCCUCCCGUUUACGGAAAAGGUUAUGUGUGUCUACCCAACUGCACCAUUCUCAUAUCUCACAGCGAUGCCAACACAAACACACACAGACGAGACAGCGCUGAGCAGGACCAACAGUGUCCAGAUACCACACUGAGGCAGGAUAAGACGGAUGCCCAGCGUGGCUUUAGUGAGGCGACCAGCAGGGAGCAACCUCUGGCUUACACCUCCGGACCUUUGACCCCCUGGCCUCAAGGUGGCACCAUACAGGCCUCAGGGUACUGCCAGCUCCCACAGCCCUAAUGAGAGGAGCACAGUAACCUACAACUUGCAAUGGAACAGCAUAUCUAGCAGGACCUAUCAGGCUUUCUUGGCAGAUUUAAGAAUGAAUCAAGCAGUGAUUUCUUUCCAUUUUAUUUCAAACCUCUCAUGCUUUCAUGUGAAAUCAAAUAAAUCACAUGUAUCAAUUAUCGGGUUAUUAUACAUUAGAAAGAAUUUUUUAGAAGAACCUUUUUGCUUGUUUUAUGCUUAUCUGACCUGAGAUCCGGUUGGACGACUGACCAACGGAGGGGAGUAGUGAGCUGAGCCUGCGUGUGCAGCGCAAGUAAGUGCAGUGCAGUAUGACACCCAAAAUAAUUCUUCUCAGUUUAGAAAGAAUUAAAUAACCUCUGUUCACAUACUAGGUCAGGGCAAAAUAACAGGAAUCUGGGACUGUGUCCGGGAUAUUCAGUUCUGUUUUCCCAGAAAAUUAUGAUAAUUUACUGACUGUGUACAAUUUGUCACACAUGUAAAGUGUUUCAUGCAGGAUCUAACACGGACUGUUAAGAACUGUGUUUAAAUUUCAUCGGGUUUUUUUCUAUUACAUCCUCGAUUUCUGUGACAGCUGAGAUUAGCAGGUGAAUUAUGUAAACUGCAUUUCAUGGGAAAAGUGAGUAUGUUUGCUGACUGUCCUGUUCACUGAAGUCAUGUAAAAUAUGCAUGUUUGCACAAAGGUGUGUGAGUUGGGACCUUGUUGUAAAUAUAGCCUAUGUGUUGCUGAAUGCAUUAUGAAGUACUGUGUUAUCUACCUUGUGUUGUGCCAAUACUGCUGUGUGAGGUGGUACAAGUAUUGUCACUGCAUGUUUAUUAGAUAAGAACUGAGGCUUGCAGAGACAUUUGAACUGAAAGGACAAGGUACUGAACAUAUGUUAAAGCUUCUCUAUGGUAUAAAAAUUCCCAUAAGGUAUGUUACUUAUAGGCAUACCAGUAACCUGAGUAAAGUAAUGUAGGUUUGCGAUGUAUUUGCUGCACUG